AUGUCGGACAAAGUUUCGAAUCAGCGUCUUAAUCUGCCUCUCGCCAUCAGCCCCGAGAAAUGCUCUGGCGGUACUUAUAUAGUGACUGGAGCAAACACCGGUCUGGGUCUGGAGGCAGCUAAGCAUCUUGUAGCGGUCGGUGCUGCCAAGGUCAUCCUUGCUGUUCGCAAUAUACCGGCAGGUGAGGCAGCCAAGGGKCGAAUCAUCAAGGAGACUGGGAUAACAGGCACUGCCGAAGUGUGGGCUCUCGACCUCUCGAACUAUGAUUCAGUAAAAGCUUUCGCAAAAAAAGCUAUCACAGAGUUGGAUCGCAUCGAUGCAGUUAUUGAAAACGCGGCAGUGGCUACGUCCCAGGGCAAGGCGGAGGGACAUGGCUUGUGCAUGACCGUCAACGUGUAUAGUACUAUAUUGUUGGGCUUGCUACUUCUACCCAAGUUGAAAGAGAACGCGAAGCGAUUUGGCAUCACUCCUCAUGUGACCAUUGUGACUAGCGGAGCAAGCUUUGACGUUCAUGAAAAGUGGAGCGAGAUCAAAGAUGAUCCGCUAGUGAAGGCUGAUGAUAUCAGCAUAGGAUUAGUAUCGUACCCACUCAGCAAGCUUUUUGAGAUUUUCGUUGUGCGCGAGCUUGCCACGCUUCUUCCAGUCUCUGAGACAGGAGUGGUCUUGAAUCUCGUCAACCCUGGUCUUUGCAAGACUGAACUUUCUCGGAACGCACCACCCGAAUUUCAAAAACAAUUAGCCGACAUGCAUGCAAAGUUCGGUCGGACCGCGGAAGAUGGUAGCCGUACUCUCCUACAUGGCGCGGUUGGAGGGGAAAAUAGCCACGGAAGCUACCUGAGUGAUUGCGAGGUGGCCGAUUUCAAGCUGCCAUCGUGGAUAACGGAUGAACAGGGAAAGAAGGACCAGGAAUUAAUCUGGAAUAGCCUCGCCAAAGAGUUGGAGGUAAUUUCACCUGGAUCGGUGAAGAGCAUCUUGUGA